AAACUUGCCUUAAAAAUGGCAGAAGGUAGUGGAACAACAGUGAAUACAUUGUUCAAUAAUGUUCUUGGUGAAAAUGAAAAAUAUAUCUUCUAUUUUUACUUAAAAACCAAAGAAACUUCAGUAUUACCUUUAACUGCCUUUCCAGUUUUGAAAAUCUAUGGUUGAUAACUUGGUUUUGUUUUUAUGUACUUGUUGUCUUGGAAAUUUAGAAUUGGAGAGAUUUUGGAAAUCAUCUGGCUCUAGUAGUUUUACAGUUUCGGGGAAAUUGUGAAAUUCUUCAUUCCUCCAUCAACAAUUGUUUUUCAUUAUUUUUGUUUUUUUAGUGGCCCGUCGCAGUUAUUAAUCCUGCUAGAUGGCAGUUGCAAGUGUCAGUAUCAUUGCCGUCAGAACUCUCCCUGGCCAAACUCAGGAACUGAACAGAUUGAGAUAACUUUCUGAGACCUUUCCUUCAUGAACUUUCACGCUUGUUAUCCGAAACUCAGGGAUCUGAUAGGUUGGGAUAAAGCGUUACACCACCCAUGACCUGAACUCAGGAAAAGUAACUCUCAAUAUCGGAAUUCAGGAAAAAACAUGGAUUUGGAUAGUGAGGAUUCUUGGGCUUCUUGUUCUGGCAGUGAAAUGAGAAAGAUCAAUUGGUCACUUCAGUUCUCCUCUCUGGGACCAACACUUUGUUCUCUUCCUCCAGGGUUCCGGCCUUGCCCUCCAAGAGUCCCUUCCCUGUCCAUUUCCCUCUUGGCCAUAUUUGAAGUAGGUGUUGGGAAGUGUGCUCUCCUUUGGGGCUGUAGAGCUGCCCAGGUUUUCUGCUAGUUCAGGUUGGGAGGGCCAAGAUCAAGAACUAUUUCUCCAACACCAGCUGUUUAUCAGUUUUGGGGAUACAGUAGAGGAGAACAAAGACCCACCUUGUCAUUGCCCUUUUAGAACUACAGUCUCUUAUGGGAGCCAAACAUUUAUCAAAUAAUGAGACAAAUGGAACCUAAUAUUGGGUCUGCAUAGUGCUAUGAAACUACUACUUGACAGUUUGAAUGCUUAUUAUAGAGGAUUUAAUUUAGGAAAAUCGGGGAAGGUUUUUCUGAUUUGACAGUUGAGAUCUGAAAGGGAUGGGGAGUCAGAGGAGAGCCUUUGUAAAGGUCUGAGGGAUAGACAAAGUAUAGAGGAUGGUGUGAAGUCUGUAGAGAAGUAGGAAGGUGCUAAACCCUGCAGGGCCUUAGAGUUUUGUCAUUAUCCUAAGAGCAGCAGAAAGUUGAAGUGUUUAAGCCUGGUGGUGAUGUCAUUAGCUUGACGUUUCCAAAGGUUAGUUAAGCUGUAAUAGGUAGAAUGGAGUGAAAGGGCAAAAUGAAUAGGAGUAAUGGAAUAAUCCAAUAAAUGUUAGGAAGUAGUUGUGGAAAUAGAAAUGGCAGGCUCAAGGAAUAAUCUGGAAGUAAGUGGACAGGGUAAGUAGGAUAGGGAAAUGAAGUAUUAAGGGUGACUUGCAGGUUUCUGACUUGUGUAGCUGGAUUGGUGUCAUUUACUGAAUGGGGAAAAUUUAGAAGAUUGCUUUUAUACAUGUUAAGUUAUAGAUGCCUUUGAAAAAUUUUAGAGCUGUAGAAUGAGAAGUCAGGAUUCAGGGCUCAGAUUUGAUGCUUGUGUAGAAAUAAAAAAUGAGUGAGUCAUCUAUAAAUUAGUCGUGUGCAUAACAGAGUGAAGAGGGCCUAGAAUGAAAUCUUGGAUACUUAUUAACCAGGUUAGAGGAAGAUAAAUUCUCAGAAAUUCAGGAGGCAUGUCCAGGAAGGGAGGAAAACCAGAGGAAAAGAUGCUAGAACCACAGGAGAAUGGCUUGAUUGACGUACCAGAUUAUGAACAUAUAGAAGAUGAAACUUUUCCUCCGUUCCCACCUCCAGCCUCUCCAGAGAGAGAAGAUGGUGAAGGCGCUGAACCUGAAGAAGAGUCAGGGAGAGGAGCGUCUGUUCCCGUACCUCCGAAGAGAACCGUUAAAAGGAAUAUACCCAAGCUGAAUGCUGAGAGAUUAAUUUCAGAGAGAGGGCUCCCAGCAUUAAGGCAUAUGUUUGAGAAGGCAAAAUUCAAAGGUAAAGGUCAUGAGGCUGAGGACUUGAAGACCCUAAUCAGACACAUGGAGCACUGGGCACAUAGACUAUUCCCUAAACUGAAAUUUGAAGAUUUUAUUGACAGAGUUGAAUAUCUGGGAAAUAAAAAGGAAGUUCAGACCUGUUUAAAACGAAUUCGACUUGAUCUCCCUAUUUUACAUGAAGAUUUUGUUAGCAAUAAUGAUGAAGUAGAGGAAAAUAAUGGCCAUGAUGUAACUGCUACCGAAUUAGAUCCCUUUCUGACAAACUCAUAUGGAAGUGUAGAGUUUGCUUCUGAGUCAAGUAGAAGCCUAACAGAAGAACAACAACAAAGAAUUGAGAGAAAUAAACAGCUGGCCUUGGAAAGAAGACAGGCAAAGCUACUGAGUAACAGUCAGUCCCUAGGAAAUGACUUGUUGGUGAACACACCCAGCACACAGCCACCUGAAGAGGGUAGUACAGGUGAGGAGCAAAAGGAGGAAGAAUCAAAUGAGUUUAACAAAGACCUUCUAGACAGUCCACAUAAUGAUGGUGCUGCCAGUACUAUAAAUGAAGAGGAGGAAUUAAAAGUAGAGAAAACGCAACUGGACCAGUCCUUUUAAAAUGUACAGUAGUUACUUAAGGCUUCAUCUAGAAAUGUUCCUGAAGUUGGAUAGGCCUCAACUGAGAAAAUCUGUUAAGUUUCUGUCUUCCAAAUUUGAGAUGACUCUGCAGUGCAUUUUGUCAGCUUUGAAUGAAAAUCUUUAUAUAGUGAAAUUUUCAGAUUCUUGUUUAAAAUCUGGUAUUAUUUUAAUUAUGCUAUGUGAUCAAUUGCUCAGUUGUGUCUGACUGGGAUCCCCUGGAUCCCCACCAGGUUCUUCUGUCCAUAGGAUUUUCCAGGCAGGAAUCACUGGAGCGGGUUGCCAUUUCCUCCCCCAGGGGAUGUCGACCCAGGGAUCAAACCUGCAUCUCCAGUGUCUCCUGUAUUACAGGUGGAUUCUUCAGUGCUGAGCCUUAUUUAUAAUUAUACUUGUUUCUUAUUAACUUUUGUUGUCUAUUUUUCUCCUUAGUGUUUAUUUGUAUAUAAGUAUGACCUUGUAAAAAUGAUUGGUAGUUAAUAAGUAGCUUUUGCUGCUUGUGUUCCAUUGAAUGCCCUGUUUGUACUAAAUUGGGUGGUGUUUUAAGAUGUACAUAUGUAUAAUAAAUACUAAUGUUCUUUUUUUUUUUUUAAAUAAAAAUCGCACAAAGUA